AUGGCUUCGGGUGUGGCUAUGGCUGCUGAUCGAACACCUAACGAGCGUCAUCCAAACUCCAAUUCUGCUGGUUGCAGUCACAACCAGUAUUACAGCUCUGGAAGAGGUCGCGGGCGUGGCAGAAGUUGGCAUCAAGGGCAUAGUGGGCGAGGACAAGGGCGAACAGAUCAGUGGGGAUCGAACCAAGGCAAUUGGCCUCAUGAACGUGGUGAUCAAUCUCGCGAACAGCAGUCUGCACCAAUAGCCACCUCUCACGCGAUACUGACUGAUGGACCCCACCACUUCUUCCAACACCACCUGCCAAUUCUCCACAUCCCCAACGACCUGAGUGAUCAUGGCAUAUCACAUCAGAUUUCAUGCCCAUACACUCCCCAACAAAAUGGAGUGGUGGAAAGGAAGCAUCGACAUAUUGUUGCAAUGGGGCUCUGCAUGCUCGCCCAAUCCCAAUUGCCUCAUAGCUUUUGGGUUGAAGCCUUCUCUACUGCAGUAUUUCUGAUCAAUCGCUUGUCAACGCCUCAGCUUCAUAUCAUGUCUCCUUAUGAGAAGCUCCUUCAACGUCCACCAGAUUAUAAAUUUCUCAAAAGCCUUGGAUGUGCUUGCUUUCCUCAUAUGGUGCCAUACAACAAGCAUAAAUUAUCUUUUAAGUCUAUUCCAUGUGUGUUUCUUGGUUAUGAUGAUCAUUAUAAGGGUUAUCGCUGUCUUGAUCCUUUUUCAGGUCGCAUUUAUAUAUCUCGGAACGUGACCUUUGAUGAGACACAGUUUCCUUACAAGCAGCCCCAGAUUACAUCUCCCUUGAACUAA